AAUGAGUCAUUCGUUGGUCAAUAGCUCAUGCAACAACAAACUCCAGAAUUAGAAAGAAAAUGGCUAAGCUGUUUUUGUUUUGGGUCGGAAUCCAUGCCAAAAUAGGGCAACAGCUUGUACUAAUCAAUUCCAUUGUCAAAUCCAAUCAUGCAGCCCUUCACCAUGCCUUCCUCCCUCUUCAUUCCCUCUGCCCUAAUGUAUAUAAUAAACUCACCUUCUUCCCACUUCAUUGCACCAAUAUUCCUACCAACACAAGCAAAAGCUGGUUUUGCUUGCUUGAGAUACAAGAAAUUACCAACACAAUGAGUCUCAACUGCCUUACCUGCAGCCCGCUUCUUCCAAGAACAGACUCAUUUGAGGAGUUAUUUCCAGAAAAGGAAUACAAGGAACACAAGGAAUACAAGGAAUACAAGGAACACAAGGAAUACAAGGAAUACAAGGAACACAAGGAAAUCAAGGAAACAUGGAAUCAAGUUGAUAGAAGCUGGUCAAACAACAAGUUACCAUCAGCACUAAAACGUGAGCUGCCAAAAGUUGGUGCUGUGGGCAAGCUUAAGGGUGAUCAUCGCCGCAAUUAUAGUACAGGAGAUGUUCCUUAUCCUGGAGCCUCAGAACCAAAGCUCAUGAGGAGCAGUGGAAUGAGAAGAAACUGGAGUCUUGAAGAUCUGACUGAAAAACAAGAGCGGAGAGUGAGGUUCCGCUGACAUUGUUCAC